GUAGUGUCCAGUAAAUCCGUCCCUCUGCUCUUCACUUUCAAUUCAUCACAGUAGCCGGAGGAGAUGGAGGGGAGGGGUAACCCAUGCAUGUUCAGGAUUAUAUAGAGAGUGUGUGCGCACUGAGCGGCAGCAGCAACAGUUUCUCUGCAACACAAAGUUGGCUCCACAGAAAAGUUUAAAUGGCAAGAUACAAGCCCAAACCCUGGCUGGUGUGCUGCUUCAUCUCGGCUGGUUUACUUUGCGCGGUUGCUCUGGUGUGUCUGUGCGUCGUCUCUCGGACAAAGGCGGACAAAGAGUGUCCGAGCGGCAGCUUCACGCGCGCGGCUGUGGCUGCAGACUCGCGACAGUGCUCCGAGAUUGGCAGUAACAUUCUACAGGAAGGUGGAUCAGCAGUAGAUGGCGCCAUUGCAGCUCUUCUGUGCACGUCUGUGAUCAAUCCACAGAGCAUGGGGAUUGGAGGAGGAUCUAUAUUCACCAUAAGAAACAAAAAAGGCAACGUUAAAGUGUACAACUUCAGAGAAACUGUCCCAAAGUCUUUCAAAACAAACCUGUUAGAUGACUGUCCCACCUCAUUCGGACUGACAACAGGCAGCCAGUGGAUCGGUGUUCCUGGAGAGCUGCGGGCCUACGAAAAAGUUCACAAACAGUACGGGAAGCUGCCUUGGGCCAAGCUGUUUGAACCAACAAUCAAACUGGCCAGAGAGGGCUUCCCUUUGCCGGCGUAUCUGGGAAGACUUCUGCAAUCCCCUAUUGUGAAAGGUCACGUGGAAAAAUCAUCUAUCUGUGACAUUUUCUGCAACAAAAACAGAACCGUUCUGCACACAGGAGACCACCUCACGUUUCCUAAACUUGCAGAUACCAUGGAAACAAUUGCAAAACAGGGGGCAGAGGCUUUUUACUCUGGCAAGAUAGGACAAGACUUAAUCCAAGACAUAGAGGCUGCAGGUGGGACUAUGACGAUAGAGGAUCUGACGUCCUUCCAGGUGCGGGUGGAGGAUGCAUGGACAGUUUCUCUGGGAAGCACCAAGAUGCACCUCCCUCCACCUCCUUCUGGGGGCCCCCUGCUGGCCUUCAUACUCAAACUCAUGCAAGGGUUUCCCAUCAAUCAAAACUCCCUGAAUGUUGACCAGAAGAUUCAGAUGUACCAUCACUACAUAGAAGCAGCUAAAUUUGCUAAUGGACAAAAGAGGAGCAUCAACGAUCCCUAUUUUAAUGACAAAAAGAGUGCAGUUCAUUUGAUCCAAGACUCCUUCAUCAAGAGCAUCAAUGACCGGAUUUUUUCCAACCUGACCCAUGAGAACUCAUACUACAACAAUACCAAGCCGUCCCGGGAUAAUGUCGGGACGACACACGUUUCUGUCCUGGAUGAAGAAGGACUGGCUGUCUCUGCCACCAGCACCAUAAACCAAGUUUUUGGAGGAGGUGUUUACUCUCCGCGAACAGGCAUCAUCCUGAACAAUGAGCUGUUGGACUUCUGUCGCAGAGCAGAUACAGUGAGGGCAGGUGAACAGCCUCCUUCCUCAAUGACUCCGGUAAUACUGGAGUCAAAGUCUGGAGGACUUUUUGUGAUUGGUGGAUCGGGAGGAAGCUUGAUAACCUCAGCAGUGGCCUUGUCUAUGAUAAACCACCUGUGGCUGGGGAUGAAUCUGAAAGACGCCAUUGCUGAGCCUAUAGUGUUUGUCGAUUCCAAGAAUAAAGUGAAUUUUGAGCCCGGUUUUAACGAGUCAGUGAUAAAGGGCCUCACCGCUCUUGGACACCAAUCUGGGAACUGGAAAUUCUUCCUAAAUGUAGUCAAUGCUCUGGAAAAGGAGAAUGGAUGUAUUACCGCUGUAUCAGACAUCAGGAAGAAGGGGAGGUCAGCAGGAUACUGACCAAAGAAGACCAUGAAGAAGCACCUUCCUGUAAAUAUCUGCACUAAAGAUUGACUCAACCUUUAGGUCACCUAUUAUGCAAAAUCCACUUUUUCAUGUCUUUUAUACAUAAACAUGUGUCCCCUCUGUGUAAAGAGAUUCUGAAAGUUUCAGGAAAAA